CUCCAUAGCCACGACUCAAAUUUUCUCUCUCUCCCUCUCUCACUCUCAAAUUCUCCAAAAUCCGACAACACACUUGCAGACACACUCUCUAAUAAUGGCUGGCUUUUCAUCCUCAAAAGCUCUGUCAUACUCCUCUCUUCUCGUGGUCUUUCUCCUCUUCAGCUUCUCGGAAGCCAGAGAGUUCGCCGUCGGCGGCAAGAAUGGCUCAUGGGCAGUCCCCUCCUCUGAAUCCCAAUCCCUCAACAAAUGGGCUGAAAGCACCCGCUUUCGCGUCGGCGACACUCUUGUGUGGAAGUAUGACAGCGCCAAAGACUCAGUGUUGCGAGUGACGAAAGAAGACUACACCAACUGCAAUGCUUCAAAUCCUAUUGAGCAGUACAAGGACGGCGAGACCAAGCUCCACCUCGACCAGCCGGGGCCUUACUACUUCAUCAGCGGAACCAAGGGACACUGCGAGAAAGGGCAGAAGCUGGUCGUGGUUGUUAUGACUCCAAGGAAGCACCUCGGUAUCUCUCCCGCUCCUUCUCCGGCUGGGGAGGUUGACGGUCCUGCUGUUGCUCCUACCAGCGGUGCUACAAGCUUGCAGGGUGGUGGUCUUCUGACUCUGGUGGCAUUGGGAGUUUUUACUCUCUGGUUUUAGAGGAGCGAGGGUGGGGGGUAUAAUUAUUUGUUUAAUUCUUUAAUUUUUUUUCAGAGAGGGGUCUGAGAUAUUAUGUAAUUCUAUUUCGAAUAUCGUAAUAUCAGAUAUAUCAUUUUAUAAAUAGGAAGAUUUUGAACGUGGUUUUUAGUUA